CACAUUCACCGAAAAGAAAUUCAGCUUCUGAAUAAGUGUUGCUAAAAAAUACAUUGAUAGCACUGUGUUGAAUAUGAAUAUCUGAAUGUGUGCUACACGAUAUAACCGACUAUUUGACUUUAACUGACUGACGACGAGAAAUAAGGCCCAAACACAACUUAUAUCGAAACCGAACAACAUUAUAUUCGCUCACAACGAGUUGAACAGUUCGUGCAAAAAUACAUGAAACGUCUGCUACUGCUGCUAUUAUUGUUAUUUUCCGGAAAGUAGUAGCACUAUUUCGUUCAAGUUUAAUUUGUCUUGUGCCUUUUGAAUUUGAAUUCUAAUAUUAUUUACAUAUUUAUCACUUGCUAUUCCAAUUGUGGCUAUUGUCCAAUUCGUGUAAAUUUAGUAUUGUUUUUAUAUCAUGUCUGUCAUUUCAUGGAAAACAGUAUUUUCUCAUGCUCUUUAAAUUGAAAUAACAUUUUUUGUUUAUGGCAACAGGUAGUUGGAAAAAAUUAUAAGAUAUGUGUAAUAUGCUGAAAUAGCAAAAGUGAAACUGUGAUAAACUUAAAAAAAAAAAAAAUAAACAUAGCUUCAUAACAUUAGUGAUAAUUUUUUUAAACAAAACAAAAAACAAACUUUAAAUAGAUGUCAAACGACUAAAACAAAAACUUUGGACUCAAUUGAAAAAAAAAUUAAUUUAAAAAAUCAACAUACGAAAGUAAAUUGUGAUACAACAUCUCAGAGAAUUUAUAUGAUAGCAUUGAACUUGCGUCAAAACAUUGGCACCUGUAUACCACAUGUGCACAUAUUAUUAUAACCAACUCUGUUGACCAAAUGAAACCGAGUGGUGCGUAACCCAUUGAAAACAACAAGUCAUCGAACUAUUUUGCGCGAUACUCGAGGAAAAGAAACGACAUCAACAUACUCACACUCAUCAUACUUCUUCCUUAUUUUGUUUUUUUUUUCUCUUCUUCAACAUUGCUAGUGUUGUUUAUUUUUCCCAAAAAAACUUGUGUACAAAAAUAUGAAUAUGGAUUCGAAGUUGUUGGAAAGCAAAAAGACAAUUGAACAAAUUUUACGAUUUUACGAAUGCGAUGAUAGCAUACUAGUGAAAAUGAUCAUUGAGAUGGCAGGCAGUCAAGAGGGUGACAAUUACAUGUCCGUUGUAAAGCGUAUCAUUGUUGAUUAUUCUUUCAGAGGGACACAAGACAAAAACCAAAAUCAAAAUGAUAUUUAUCAGCGGAGUUUAAUAAUUAAACGGCAAAUUGAAAACAUUGAGUUCCAAAAUAAAAAUUUAGCAAGAAGAAAAUUAUUCCGUGCUGAUCGAGCAUUUACCAAUGAGAUUGCAGCCUAUACGAAAGUAAUGCCACAGUUUCAACAGUUUGCCGAUAGUAUUGAAUUGUCAAUACCUUUUGUGAACUGUUUAUUCGCUGGCACAGAUGAUUUUGGUGAUUUAAUUGUGCUCGAUGAUUUAAAACCGUUUGGUUUUAAAAUGGCGAAUCGUUUGAAGGGCCUCGACUACACACAUUGUAAAAUUGUGCUGCAGGAAUUGGGAGUUGUACAUGGAUUAAGUUUGGCUGCUAAAGUUUUACACUGUAAUGAAUUUGCUGGGGUUGUAGAAGAUAUAGGUGAAUCAAUUUACUGUGCAGAAGCAGCCGACUUUUUCACACAGAGCUUGGAGUGCUCACUAAAAGAAGCAUUAUUCAGUUUACGAAAAUCAAGUCAAACAUUUUCGGGUCUUGAUUCAGCCAUUUGUCAAAUUGAAAAGCUAAAAGGCAAACUUUUCCGAAAAAUGUAUGAAUGUGUUCGAGGUAAUCCAGGUGGAAUUCUUCGAGAAGACUUUUUUGUAGUAGCUCAUGGAGAUCUUUGGCUGAAUAACAUCAUGUGGCAUCAUGACAAUCGUAACAAAUGUGAUGGUGUAAAAUUUAUAGAUUUGCAAACGCUUCGCUAUACAUCCCCAGUCAUUGAUAUUCUCCAUUUCUUGUAUACAAGUACGGAGUACGCUGUACGAGCUCAAUACAUGGAUCAACUGAUCGAUGAUUAUGUGGAUUCACUAUAUGCCACAUUGCAGAAGUUUGAUGUUCAUGAUGAAUAUGUACCAAAUAUUCAAACAUUAAAUGAGAUCAUUCGAAGCGAACUUCGAGAUAGAUCAAUGUAUGGUUUGGGAAUCUGUUUUUGGCUCUUACCAGCUGUUACAUUUCAUCCUGACAAAAUCGUAGACUUGGAUACAAUCACAUUAGAUGAUUUCAAGAGCGAUAACCAGGAGAAAACAAUGACACAAAUGCAAACGCCAGAAUACCAUGCCCGCAUGAGAGAAACGGUGAUGGAAUUCUAUCGUAAAGGUAUCCUAAAUGAUGUAUCAGGAUUAUAGACUGUGAUAGAAUUUUAUCGGCUUUACCAAAAGAUUUUAAGUUUUUAAGCCAUUUUUAUUAUUAAUUCAGUUUUUUUCUUUUUACAAAAAAUGCA